UCCCAGACAAACCUUGCACCUUUCAAAGCUCCUGAAAUACUGUGUGACCACAACAUAAUUAAACAUUGUGGAUUGACAGAGAUGCUGGUGUACUCAUUAGGGAUGACACUGUAUUGGUCAGCAGAUUAUCAGAUACCUGCUAGCCAGCCUCUUCAACUAAGUGAUGAAUUACAUACUGUUCUGCUAAUGUUAUGUGAAGAUGUACCACAGAAGAGACUGUCUCUAGAGUCAAUUCUGGAAACAUGUGAAGCACAUCAAAUGCAGUCCCAGUUCCCAGCAAAUGUCCUCAUCCAGAAACUAGUUGAAUCUGCAUUUGAAAGCAUCAAAGAGGUAGAACAAGGAAUUGCUGAAGACACUGUACAUGACCCUCUUGACAGAAGUAAUGCAGUCAGGAAGAGGCUGCAUGAGAAAGUGGCAGAAAACUCAGUUUCGUCUUCACAGGAGAAUCUGUACCAAGGUAGGACUCCACAGACCCAGGAAUCAUGGGAAUCAAGUUGCAGUGACUUAAGGACUCCGAGUAGCUACAAGCUGUUCAUUAACAGAUCAGCCAGUGGCAUGGAUGAAAUCUUAAACAGCACUCAAAAGAGCAACCGUCCACAUGAUGUCUUGUCUUCAGGCUCAUCUUCUGCCUUUUCCAUUUCUCCAAAGGAUUCUUUACCAGCUCCUGCAUCCUCAAGAUAUGUCUUCCAAAGAAAGGAGAAGUUUUCAGGUCCAGAAUUCAUUAUUUUGUCCCAUGAGCCACCAGUCACACUGCAUUUACCUGGAUCAAUUGUGACAAAGAAAGGGAAGUCUUAUCUUUCCCAAAGGGAUGUCAGUGUCAUUCUGCUGAAUGGACAAUGCCUAGAGGUGAAGUGUGAUAUCAAAUCUAAGGCACGAGAUAUCUUCAAUACAGUUGUGAUAUACGCGAAUAUAGUGGAACAUUCCUACUUUGGCUUAGCCUACAUGAGAGGUAAAGAGUUUUACUUUCUGGAUGAUGACACCAAACUUUACAAAGUGGCUCCAGAAGGCUGGAAUGAUAAGCACAAAAAGAAAACAUCUAUUGUCAACUUCACUGUUUUUCUGCGAAUAAAAUUCUUUGUUGAUGAUUUCAGUGUGAUCCAGCAUGGCCUAACCAGACACCAGUUUUACCUGCAGCUUCGAAAAGAUUUGCUGGAUGAGCACUUGUCCUGCAACAUUGAGACCGCUCUGCAGUUGGGAGCUUUAGCCUUACAAGCAGAACUGGGGAAUUACGCUCCGGAGGUCCACGGGAAAACCUAUUUUCGUGUAGAAGAUUAUAUUCCUGCCAGUCAAAUUAAGAAAAUGACUUUAGAAUUCAUACAGCAUGAGCUUGCCAAGCUGCAUCGUACGACCCAUUCUCUCUUUGAAGAAGAAGCUGAACUUGAGUUUUUAAAGGUGAUCCAGCAGCUUUCAGAAUAUGGAGUGCUUUUCUAUCGUGUGUUUCAUGAGAAGAAAACAGUAGGAGGAGACUUAUUGUUAGGAAUAUGUGCCAAGGGGAUCAUAGUCUAUGAAGUGAAGAACCACAUAAGGAUCUCCAGUUUACGAUUUCAGUGGCAAGAAAUGGAAAGGAUUUCAGCUCAGAAAAAGAAGUUUAUGAUUGAAAGCAGUUUCACUGGGAAAAAGUACACCUUCCUUACAGAUACUAUAAAAACAUGUAAAUAUUUGCUGGAUCUUUGUUCUGCUCAACAUGGAUUCAAUGCACACAUGACUUCUAAGAAGCUUCUCCAGGCUCCUUCAGAAGAUUGUAGAUUUAUGGAAAUAGUAAGAUCAAGUUCUGCAUUUACGUGUCCACGGGAUAACCUCAACCUGAUUCAGAGACUCUCCUGCUCAGAAAAUUUACUAUAUGGGACCAGCCCAGGAUGUGUAUCUACUGGAAUUAUAAGCAAGUCUUGUGAUAACCUUAAUAUGCAAACCAGCCAUGAAAAAAGCAGUCAGAGCAGUGCUCCAUCUAGGUUAUCACAAUCAGAGCUAACCAUUAGUUUGAAUGAAAACCAAAGAAGUUGUAACUACCUUUCUAUCAAUUCAGCCCAGAAUACGGCUGCUGGUGCAUCAGGUUUACCAAGCCCCCAGAUGGAAAAUUCAGUAACCAGGGUGGAAAAGGAAAUAAUCUGUGUCACUUUAAAGCGUGACGUCUGA